AUGGAGCCAAGCACAGUUUUUCUAGUUUUCCACUUUGGAUCAACGCUGUUUCUACUAACACAGGCGAUACCCUACAGCCCCUGGCUACCGACGCAGCGUCAUGGUCCGCUCUACGAAGGUGUGAAGCUGCUCAUUGCGGAAGCCGAAUUGCAAGCAGAGUUCAUCUGGAAUGAAACCGAAUUUCAGCUUAACGAAUCUGUGGACGCCAUGCAUGAAAUGCAAGCGCUGCUCGCCGAGCCCGAUCAUACACUCCAAGACCGCCUUCAGUCCAUGCUUGCUGCUGUACGUCCGACCGAUGCCUAUGCACACUGCUACCAUCAACACGAACUUGCGAUUGCGACUUUUGACCGAGACCUGCUGGCUAAACGGCGCAGUUGUAAGCGAAUGUUAGAAGUUAGUUUGGCUGCGCUGCAGAAUCAGUCCAACAGUGAGAUCCGUUUUAUACGCAGUGGUGCUGCGGAAGCUCGCAAUGUUCUCGCCGCUUGCAAUGUGUCAGCGUUGAAAGGGGAUAAGAGCGAUAGCGACCCAGCUGUUGUAAUGAUGUGUGUUGUUGGACGAAUUGCCGCGCUUGAGCAACAUCUCUUGGAAGCAUCGGAAAACUUUUUGGAUGAGCUCGCCACUGUGGCGCUAGAAGGCGCUGGUGCAGAACUGGAGCAUGACAGUUGUAAUGAGUUUGAGGAACUGCAUCAGCAAUUCGAGAGUAUUUAUAAAGACAUUAAUGGCUGUAUUGGUCGUGGUGGUAUAUAA